UAUUUGUAUUGUGGCUAGGGUGAAGGUGGUCCUGCUCGACAAACACCGACCAGAAAAACAUCCGACGAGGAAAGUUUGUUAGAACUAAUGAUAACUUUAAAUUUGACAACAAGUUCGAAAAAAGCUGCCAGACGCGGAUUUUAAUCGGAACCCCGUUAUGAUACACAGAGAGUUAUGACGCUUCCAUCUAGGAGUUAGUUGAAAAUGGAGAGGCCAGCUGAGUGAUAGUGGGGUGAGGAGGCUGGAUUUGGCAAACUUGGGAGUCCUGCCCUGCCGCUAGCAGGCUAAUUAGCAUGCUUAGCUUCGCCAUUGCUAUUUAGCACGAACAAGAGCGCCCAUCUUCACACCUACAGCUUAGCCCAUGAAGAUGUAGAUGCAGAUCUCUUUCAAAGGCGUAAAGUAAUGCACACGUUAAGUGAAGACUCGCUCAAGUUUAAUGUUGCAUACUGAAUGGCUUUUCCUCUCCCUCUUGUGAGAGGAUUUUGUGCCACAAGCCCAAAUACAAACAACCCUGACAACACAAUUUGACUCGAAGAGCUCAAAAUACUACGUUUUCUGACAUUGGUGUCAGAUCCAAGCUACAGGUAGAAUGAUUUAGAGCAGACAUAUCAGCAAAAGCAACUAAUUGUGACGUAAAAUUGGGAUAUUCACUGGAGGGAGAACACAUUCAACAUGAUUGUUAUAUUAUUGCCAUGAAAUUUUGGACGCUUCGCAUUGGUGGAUGGAUCUAAUUAAUUCAAGAUCAGUGACUGCUGACACCAGUUGACUGGGACUCCAGCUCGAUUCAUGAACCCUCUGACUGAGUCAGGGUGCAGCCUGGACGCCGUCGAGUCGGCUGUUGCGGUGAUGAGGCAGGACUCCUGGUGGCCUGCGUGGCUGGCUGGGCUGAGUGCCUGAGUUAUGUGAUGGGGUGCAGGAACAGCAAGGUCCUCCCUGAGCCUCCAGGGGAUGUUCAGUUGGACCUGGUAAAAAAGGUGGAUGCACCCCCUCAAACAGACAUCUAUAAGCACUUCAUUCGAGGAGAUGGUACAGUUGGCAAGGUCGGUGGAGGGGGAGUUGACAAGGGAGGCUCCACCACCCCAUCUAUUACUCAGGCACAAGCUUCUACUCCUGUUACCUCCACUCAACACCCUAAAAACCCAGCUGAGAUGCCAGACCCUCAACGGAAGAAGGUGGCCAAAUAUCGAGCCAAGUUUGACCCACGAGUCACAGCCAAGUACGAUGUCAAAGCUUUGAUAGGUCGGGGGAGUUUUAGCCGGGUUGUCCGCGUGGAGCACAAGAGCACUCGGCAGCCUUACGCCAUAAAAAUGAUCGAGACUCGAUACAGGGAGGGAAGGGAGGUUUGUGAGUCUGAGCUGUGUGUCCUUCGACGGGUUCGCCACACUAAUAUCAUCCAGCUAAUGGAGGUGUUUGAGACGGCUGAGCGGGUUUACAUGGUAAUGGAACUGGCCACCGGGGGAGAGCUGUUUGACCGCAUCAUUGCCCGCGGCUCAUUUACAGAGCGAGACGCCACCCGGGUGCUGCAGAUGGUACUGGAUGGUGUCAAGUAUCUUCACACUUUGGGUAUUACGCACCGAGAUCUGAAGCCCGAGAAUCUGCUGUACUACCACCCUGGCGCAGACUCUAAGAUCAUCAUCACUGACUUUGGUUUAGCCAACAGCAGAAAGAAGGGAGACGAGUGUCUGAUGAAGACCACAUGCGGCACGCCUGAGUAUAUUGCUCCUGAGAUCCUCGUCAGGAAACCCUACACGAAUGCCGUCGACAUGUGGGCGUUGGGGGUGAUAUCUUACAUCCUGCUGAGUGGAACCAUGCCCUUUGAGCAUGACAACCGUAUGAAGCUCUACCGGCAGAUCCUCAAGGGAAAGUACAGUUUCUCCGGAGAGCCGUGGCCUAGUGUUUCCAACCUUGCCAAAGAUUUUGUGGACCGGAUUCUAACAGUGGAUCCUAGCGCACGGCUAACUGCCGGCCAGGCUCUCAAGCACCCCUGGAUAGUCAGCAUGGCUGCUGCCUCCUCCAUGAAGAACUUGCAACGCUGUAUAUCUCAGAACCUGCUGAAGCGGGCAUCAUCUCGCUGCCACAGCACCAAGUCGCAGCAGUCCAUGCACUCCAAUCGCUCAACCAAAUCCAACAAAGCUCGCCGCAUUCGGGAAAAGGAGCUGCGCGAGUUGAACCGACGAUAUCAGCAGCAGUACAACGGCUGAAGCGUAACUUCUUGGGGAGACUGAAUAGUUACUCCUGCCCCCAGAAUGUAACUCACAAAGCAACCUGAUGGGAAUGGGUCAACCAAUAAACUUUGAGAAAGCACCUGCUGCCAGCAAGACUGUAGAAUAAAUAAAAAAAUGAGCAUCCCUGAACUUUGAAGGACAAGCUCUGCAUAGCAUUUUGUACUGUUGUUUUACCACAUCAUCUUCAUCUCUGUCCAUCCUUUUCUUGUAACUGGAUGGAGCACUUUUGUUCUUUAAUUUCAUGUGUCCGACAUAUUUAUUUAUUAUUGUGGACAGUCUUCAUUCAUUCGGUCACUGGAAUAAUGACCUUCCAUGAGGAUCUGUUGAACAGAAGUCUGGGUAAUGAAGUUUGCUUAAGAGGAGCCUAAACAGUCCCUCACACCCUCAUGAUUGAUGAUAAUUGCUGUGAAAUUAUGUGCUAUAUAUCUUGCAGAAUGGCCUUCAGCAAGAUGAACUCAACCUCCAAAGGCUAAUAUGAAGGCUUGUCUUAAGUUGUACCUUAUGUCAUCUUGCUCUGUUAAGUACCUUCAUUUUUUACUUGCCAAAAGAUGGUGAAUUUUCGGCACAAAAUAUACAUUAGUCCUGCUCAAGAGUAAGUAGAUUCACAGUUGAAAUUGCUGCUCCUUCCUGUUGCAGUGCCUUUCGAUUCUUAGUUAUGCGGCCAUUUAUCUUGUUUUUCAUUUCCUUUAUUAGUCGCAGGAUUGAUGAGACAAAUCCAACAAGUUUUACCUACCCAUUAUAAAUUUGCACCACCUUGUCUCGGCUGUUAUGAUUUUGUAAUACUUCUUGUCAAAUAGUGACCCAUUCCAUUAAUUUGAUGAUUUUUAAAGUUUACUUGUGAUGCCAUGAUGAUGAUGAUCCUAUUUUUUAGGCUCGAGUCUGAAAAAAUAUUGUGACAGCUGCUCCUAAAUCAUCUUAAGUGUCAUGCUGUCUCUUAGUUUCAAAUGUUUACCCAACUAUGGAACAUUAAUGCACUCUUUCCUGUUGGCUAGUGCAAGAUAAUCUGAAAAUCAAGUGAAAUACACACCACUGAAGAAUGAGAAAUAUUUGGAACUGAAUGCCACUUUUAUUUUAAAUUUCAAUGUUAUCAUGUGCAACUAUGCAACCCUUUGUGUAAGUUUAAUUUAAAGAGGGACUAGUACAGUUCUUGCUAAUUGCACUUAUAUUGAAAAGCCUUACAUAUUACAAACCUUUCUAACCAAAUCCAGAAUAUAAUUUGAAUCAUUCGCAAGACAAGAAAAUAUCGAUAAUCAUUUAAAAGUGGUUGGAAGGAAUUCCGGUUAACAUUCAGUACGAUGGCGUAAUUGUAAAAAGCAAUUAUUUAUAGGGUUUAAAACAUGCUAAUGUCCUGAGGAAGUGUAUUCAAAUAGACUAUUAAUAAAAACUGAUUGGAGUUACAGUAUUCAUGUUUGCCUGGAUGUGGAAUUCUUUCCAACAUCUUUGAUGCAUACUGUAUUUAACCCUUUCAAGAGCACCAUGAGAUACAGGGAUGCCAUGCAUUGCUCCAGCUCCCCAAGUAUUCUUAUAAUUUAGGUGCUGAAAAAUGAUAAAACGUCAUCUGUUUAUUGUAAUUUAAGGUAUAAGUGGGUGCAUGUCUUUGAAAUCGAUGUGCACCUAGACAGCGAUUUAAUUAGAAAUUCCUGAACCUGGCAUUUAAAUGUUCAUCUUUAUUGUUUGGAUAUUUUUAGUGUUAUAUUUUCCCAGAUUAAUAGUUUUAUGCUCUUAUUUUGUGUUGAAUUUUGUGAAGCACUUCAUGGUGAAAGUCAACUGAUGUUUUCACCCAGUUUGCUACAUUUUAUUUCAAUGAAAAUGUUGCUGUGAUCUACAAAUAAUUAGAAUGAUUGUUAUGAUUUUUUUUUUUAAAUCAAAUACCUGUACUGGAAACUUAGCUGAGCCAUUUAUGCUGACCACAGUGUGUCUAUAAAUCUUGGUUCUCUGCAUUUUUUAGCAUACUCAUUAUGUUGCUGUUAUUUGUAGUUGACCUAUACACACCAAGUUGUGCUAUCAUGUGAAAUACAGUAUGUCCUUUUUUGUCUCUUUAAUACAACUCAGCAGUUGAGGCUAAAAGAUAUAUCAAUACACACAGUCGACUCAUAGGCAGCUGUUUGUUGCCUCAUUUAGUAGCGGAUAUUGCCUCUAAUUUGAGUAACUCCCUUACAAAAUGUGUCUAAGGUGGUUCAUGAUUGUUUUCUCAUAGAAUGUAACAAUCUACAACUGUAAAUCAUUUAAAGUGUUUGAGUUGGCAAUCUGAACUGAGUUGGCAAUCUGAACUGAGUACAUGAGAACAUGGUGGCUGUUUCAGUGAGUAAUGACAUAUGUCAGUUUCUUAUCGAGAAUGUCAGCACGACAGUACUUUCGUGUACAGUACAUACGAUUGUGUUAUAAAUAAAUGCCAAUGCCCUAAAUGAAGUUGACAGCAGUUAUCCAAAAAUAUUUGAUACGGUGUAAAAUAAUUUGUUGAUUCUCCUAUAAAUAUUUUUUUCUUGUUUGUCUCACACAUUGG